AUGGAAAAAAAACAACAGGAUGUCAUCGAAAAAAAUGAAUUAGAUAGUAAUAAUAUGACCCAAACAAUAUAUGGGUCUAUAAUAGCUUCAACCAUAACUCGAAUUGUUUUAUAUCCUUUUGAUACAAUCAAAGUUAAUAAGCAAGUCUCUAUAAUUAAAAAUAACUUGAAUAGUGCAAAUAGUAAUAUUACUAACCACACUUCAUGUUCUAAAAAUAUAUUAUCAACAAGGCAACGUCCGUUCCUUUUCUCUUUUAUAUCACGAUUUGGAUUUAAAGGAUUAUACAACGGGUUCAUUUUCUCGUCGCUCACUACCAUCCCAGCAACGAGUUUUUACUUUUGUUGUUAUGAAUAUUUAAAGAGUUUAAAAUUUAAUAAAAAAAUAAAUGAAGAAAAUAAAAAUAAUUGGGAAAGUUCGAGAAUUUCAAAUUUUUUAAAUUAUUGUUUUUUAGCAAUUUUCUCUGAAGCUAUAUCUUGCACUAUAUUCGUCCCAAUAGACACUAUAAAAGAAAGAUUGCAAGCGCAAAAAUAUUUGGGACUAAAGGAAUAUACAAAUUCAUAUCAGUUGAUAAAAAAUUUUAUUCACAACGAAGGGAUUUCAAGACUCUAUAGAGGAUACACAUCGACAUGUUUAACAUAUGGCCUUUUCUGUGGCUCUUUUUUCUUCUUACAAAAUACUGGAACUGAUUUAAUGAAAACCCUGAAAAUCGAGGAAUCCGAUUUUAACAAGUUUAGUCUAAAUUUGGCUUCCUCUUUCAUAUCUGGAAUAAUCACAUCCCCCUUAGAAAUUGUCCGAAUAAGACUGCAACUGCAAGAAAAGGACAAAACAUCCUUUUACUACAAAAACUCUUUUGAUGGAAUAAAAACCUUAUGGAGAGAAGGGCAAGGAGGGUUUUUAAAUUUGUUCAAAGGAAACCUAUACCGAUGUUUUUUAGUUUGCUUAAGUAUGAGUAUGAAUGUGACACUCAUUGAUAUGUACAAAAACUUUGCAUCAACUAAAUAA